UAAUGUUUUCUUGUAGAAAUAUAAUGAAAAUUGGUGCAAGAAAAAGGCCUGAUAAAGAGAUUAAGGAAGGGGAAGACUAUGAGGAACAAUACUUCUAAUACUAUGAGGAAUUAAAAUAAAAUGAAGAAUCAGUUUGUUUUGAAUUCAAAAGAAUGAGAAUUUCUGAGGAUAUUGAGGAAAUGACUGAAAUUGUUAAUAAUUUAAAAAAGAAUAAAAAAUAAGGAGAAGAAUUAUUAUUUCUUUAUGAUUUACAUGAUCAAAUAAUUUCUGAACCCAUUAUUUACAAAUCAACUCAAAAAAAAAGUAUUUAACAAUAAGAAUAACCAAAAAUCUAAAUUUCUAGUGUUUCUUAAGAGGAAAAUAUAGAUCAAUUUAAUAUCAUUCAAAUUGAUGAAAUUGAUUAUAUCAAUAGUUUAAAUUCCUUAUAAUAACAGAAAAAUAAAAGGACCACAUAAUUUAAAUCUAAAAAACUAAAAAAAACUCAGAAUCAUCAUUUUGCAAUUAAAGGUAAAAGGAUCUCGAAAUGA